UUGGUGGCGAUGAGCUGCCACGCGUUGUCGCCUUUGUUGUUCCACAAGGGAGACCCUUCGUCUGUGGCCAGGGCAGAUGGCCUGGCAGCUCAGAGUAGCAAUCGAUGUUGGAAAGAAGUAGUGCAGGAGCGGUGGACACAUGCAAUGGUGGAUCUGCACUCUGCAGCGACGAACCUUCCCGAACUCGAGUUACCACAAUUGUUGAUGUUCGAUGACCAAAGCAGCGACAGGGCUGACAAGAGACUAGGGUUUCCAUACUUAGAGGCGUUGUUCAAUGGAAUUGUUGAUUUACUUGGGAAGGAGAGGGAAUUCAACUUUGCGUGGUCUCUGAUUCUUGAUAGGAUUGGAGGAGAUGAAGCCCUUCGUUUUGUUUCCAGUGAUACAUUUGUCAUUGCCAUCAGAGGUGUGCUCGUGCAGGUAGUAGAAUACUUGCUGAGCUAUUCACUGGAGGAGGUGGAAGACCACAGGGGAUUGCAAGUGCAGCCUCACAAGGCUAUUGUUGGAGCUAAUGCUUUUGCUCAUGAAAUUGGGAUACAUAAGGAUCAAGAUGGAGUAUUGCAAAUAGCUGAUGAUGAUCUUUUGGAGGACUCGGCUAUCUUAAGUGCAAUUGAUGUGGAGACUGAAUUUAACGAACUGGUGGAGGAAGAAGAUGCUCUUAUGGAAUCUUUGAUGGGCAAAAGUUGAUUGCAAAAAUUGUAAACACCAUCAACAUGAUGGAAUGUUAAAGCAUAAAGGAAUGUAUGAGGUUAUAGCUCCUGAAGAUAUUGGUCUUGAGAGAGCCAAUGAAGCCGGUAUUGUCCUUGGGAAACUUAGGCAUCAUCCAUCUUAUCGCACUUUGUGGAACAUAAUGGUAUCUUGAUACAUUUACUAUCUUGCUCAGUAUCACAUUGGCACUUUCUUAGUAUUGAAAUGGCAAAUAUGCUAGGCAAAAAUGGAGUGAACCGUGAAGCAAAAACUUCUUUCGAGGAUGGAACAAAUGAUAUUGACGGGGAAACAUGUUAGAACAUAGACUAUUUAGAAUGUUUAAUGAAUGAUUUGUUUUUAUAUUUUUUUUUAAGAUUAUAAAUCAUAGAAUUUGUGGCGGAAAGAAUUAUUUGUGUUGUUCAACCAUUUGUAGGUUUUUUUUAUAUAAUAAAGUUAAAUAUUGACGGCCCCCUCGCUAGCUGUUUGACUUCUGUUGCAAGAAAAAGGUCAAAUUUUGAAAGAUACCCAUUUUUUUUUUUACAGUUUUUUUAAUGUCAGUGUGAGUACCGUGAUCUGUGUAUUUCAGAUAUGUUGGAAGAAUGUGCCUUAUGAAUGCCAACACGUACGUACUGGUUUAGAGCUCCAGCUUGCCUACACUCUGUCUAUAACUAUAAGGGAGCAGAAUUUUUGUGGAAAAAAUCCCAAAGUACACUAGUUUUUAAAAAAAAAUUCCCAAAAUACAUAAGUUAUAAAAAAAAUUCCAAAAGUACACAUGUUUGAGCA